CUCGUGGGUCCAAACCAACUUGGUUGCUAUACUGUUGGAUAAAAAACUAUGCCCCACCAAGGGAAAAAAUAUUCAUUGCAACGGUAUUUCCAUAAGCUCCAACUGCUGUAACGAACUAAACACCUAUUUCUUGCAUUCUGCUACAAACAAUCAUCUUCUUCUCUUCACAAAAACUUCUGAACUGCAAACAAAGAAGAAAGAAAAUGGCUUUGGAACUCCGAAUUGCAGUUGUUGAGGAACCCAAACACCAGUCGAUUCAAAAACUCUUCCAAGAAGAAUCAGAACACAUGGCUGCUGAGGGUUACUCCCACAAUCAAACUGCCUCCCUUCAAAGAAGGCGAGCGACAUUCUUCAUCGGACAAUACGGCGUUAGUCAUUACGAUCCAUUCACGUCAUAUCUUGCCAUGAGUUACUUCGAUCGAUAUGUUUCAAGAAACCCAUUUCAGGACAAACCAACUGACCAGUCCUUGAAGAUCUCUGCUAUAGCCUGUCUUAUGAUUGCUUGGAAGAUGAGAACACAACGUUUUAGCUUGCGUGAAUUUAUGACGAGGAACAAUCUCAACAAACUGGAGCUUCGGGAGAUAGAGAGAAUGGAGUUUCGAAUCAUCGCCGGGUUGAAUUGGCGUCUACGAUCGAUCACGGCCUUAUGCUUUCUUGAUUUCUUCAUUUCAUUGCUGAAUAUCGAUGAUGAUCAGCGAUUGGCACAAUAUCUAAAACUUAUUGGUCUAGAGGUUGUGUUCAGAAUGCAGGGGGAUAUCGAAUAUACAAAGUUCAGGCCGUCAACAAUUGCUGCUUCUGCUGUAUUAGCUGAAUCACCACUGAUGGGAAGAUAUUCUGAGUUCAUGGAGACUAUUGAGUCCCGCCAAUUCGUCAACAAGGAUGAUUUGACCAAGUGCGAGCGUGCUUUACGAGUCACCUUCGCAACAGACUUUGUGAUAGAAAUUGGUGGCGCCCAUGGACCUCCUGCUCCAUUUUCGCCACCUCGGCGGAUCUUCCUCAAUCGUCCCAUGAUCCGACUAUUGAUGAUGCUGAAGCCGCAAAUUGACAAUGGACUUUAG